AUGACUAAGAACCCUAAUUCUACUGUUUAUGUUGGAAAUUUGGAUGAGAGAGUAACCGAUCGUGUAUUAAAUAUGUUAGAAAUUCAAGCAGGGCGUGUUGUUGACUUGUACAUUCCUCGUGACAAGGAAACUGACAAUCCUAAAGGUUUUGCCUUCAUUAAAUAUGAGACGGAGAAGAUUGCAACCUAUGUUGUGAAGCUUUUGUCUAGUCUAGUGACACUCUACAGUAGAACACUAAAAUUUGCUGUUUCUGGGCAACGCAAGCCCUCUAAUAACUCGCCAAUUGCGACACAGCCUACCUUAAAUAUAUUCCCCCCACCCCCCCACCCCAGACCAAGGCCUCAUCCUAUACCUUAUAACUAG